AUGGAGCUAAGUAUUCUGCCUAAUUCUAAUGCAACAUCCCCUCUGUGCCAAUUUUGGGACUACGAUGAUGUGACAAAAUGUGGAAGAUUUGAAUUGGAGUAUUACCCUCCACUUAUAAUCGGUACAAUCUCAUUUGUCAUCUUAUUAAUCAAAUCAACUAUAUCCCUACGCAAAAGGAGACAAGGUAAUCAAAUCCAUUUGGAUACUUCCAAUGAUACCGAAACGCGUCCACUUUUGGCAAACUCAAAUGGUUAUGGGACUACUGAAGGAUUCGACACCAAAUUAACCAAGGAAGAAAUUAAAGCCCUCCACUUUGAUGUAGCCAGAUUACCAGAUACCAAUAUCGAUGGUAAACAACAUGGUUACGUCCAAGAGGUCUACAAGAAUAUUUCUCAAAGAUUAAGAGUAUGUGUCGAGUACGUCUUAGUAAUUCUGAGCUUGGCUUUACACAUUUCACCUUUUUUCUCCAGACAAUUGCACAGAGAAUUCCGCGAUGCUGCAUUUAUACCGCUUGUUCAAUCGAUCUUUUGGUUAUACGUAUUCAUUCUUGUCACUAUUAGAAUCGUCAAUUUGAAGAAAGUAUCCAUUAGAUUACCGAACUUAUGGGUUCAUACAACUGCAUUAUACUUUUUCAGUUUUUUCCCAGCUUUGAUCACUUUCAGAUCGGCUAUUGUCAGCCCAACAAUGAAGACUCAAGUACGUCAAUACUACAUAACUGAAUUUGCUCUUACUGGUGUUUUAUUGUACUUGAACAUGACUGCAAAGAUUGGUGAUAAACCUUCUCAAUUAUAUGUUACUCCAGGAAUUGAACCAUCUCCAGAAAAUGUUUCCAGUAUUGCUUCUUUUAUUUCUUACUCAUGGUUAGACAAGAUGAUUUGGAAGGCUUAUAAGAAACCAUUGAAGAUGGAUGAUAUUUGGGGUUUGAGACAAGAUGAUUAUGCCCUUUUUGUAUUGAAAGGUUUUGAAGCUUCAAAGUCUACUUUCAGAUUUACUUUUAAAUUGUUUUAUCAUUUCAAAUAUUUAUUCGCUAUCCAAGCAUUCUGGGCUAUUUUGGAAUCAUGCUUAGUCUUUGGUCCGUCUGUUUUGUUAAAGAGAGUUUUAGAAUAUGUCGCCGACCAGCAUUCAUACCCAACUAAUUUGGCCUGGACUUUUGUUUUUAUGAUGCCCCUCGUUAAGAUGGCUGAUUCUAUUGCUUCAGGUUGUUCUUUGUUCUUAGGUAGAAGAGUCUGUUGCAGAAUGAAAGCCAUCAUCAUUGGUGAGGUCUAUGCCAAAGCAUUGAGAAGAAAAAUCACUGUUACUGAAGGUGCUUCUGACGAUUCGUCUAGCGAGUCCGACAAAAAAGAUGGUGAAGAUAAUGACAGCGAAGAUUCUAAGGAGACCAAGAAAACUGCCGAAUUAGGUGCCAUUAUCAACUUGAUGGCCAUUGAUGCUUUCAAAGUUUCUGAAAUUUGUGGAUAUUUGCAUUACUUUGUUGGAGCAAUUUUAAUGAUUGUCAUUUGUAUCAUCUUAUUGUAUGGUUUAAUUGGCUGGAGUGCCUUUGUUGGUUCAUUAGCUAUUUUUGUAUUGUUGCCUAUCAACUACCAAUUUGCUUCUUGGACCGGUCGUGUUCAAAAAGAAAUGUUGGCAGUCACCGAUAAGAGAGUGCAAAAAUUAAACGAAACUUUCCAAAGUAUCAGAAUCAUUAAGUUCUUUGCUUGGGAAGACAAGUUUUUCGAAAAUGUUAUGAACAUUAGAGAAGAAGAAAUCAGAUUCUUGAAAUUAAGAUGUCUUAUUUGGUGUUGUGGUUCAUUUGUCUGGUUUGUUACUCCAACAUUGAUCACUUUGUUGUCAUUCUAUUGUUACACCAUUGUUGCUGGAAACACCUUAACUGCACCAGUUGCUUUCACUGCUUUGUCGUUGUUCACUUUGUUGAGAUCACCAUUAGAUCAAUUAGCCGACAUGACAUCCUUUGUGAUCCAAUCCAAGGUCUCUCUUGAUAGAGUUGCUGAUUUCUUGAAUGAACCAGAAACAUCCAAGUAUGAACAAUUGGGUCAAGAGCGUGGUCCAAACUCCCCAGAAAUUGGUUUUGAAAAUGCCACCUUAUCUUGGAAUGCCCAAUCUAAGAAUGACUUCCAAUUGAAAGACUUGAACGUUUCCUUCAAACCAGGUGAAUUGAAUGUUAUUAUUGGUCCAACCGGUUCAGGUAAGACAUCUUUGUUGUUAGGUUUAUUAGGUGAAAUGGAUUUGGUCAAUGGUAAGAUAUUCUUGCCAGGUAUUUUGCCUCGUGAUGAUUUGGUGGUUGAUCCGGUAACUGGAUUGACUGAAUCAGUAGCUUACUGUUCACAAUCUGCUUGGUUAUUGAAUGAUACAAUCAGAGGAAAUAUUACUUUUGGUGCACCAUUCAACCAAGAACGUUACGAUAAAGUAGUUGAAGCAUGUGGAUUGGCUCGUGAUUUGAAGAUUUUGAGUGCUGGAGAUCAAACUGAAGUUGGUGAAAAGGGUAUCACCUUAUCUGGUGGUCAAAAACAAAGAGUUUCAUUGGCAAGAGCUUUAUACUCAAACUCUAAACAUUUAUUGUUGGACGAUUGUUUAUCUGCUGUCGAUUCUCACACUGCAUUAUGGAUUUACGAAAACUGUAUCAGUGGUCCAUUGAUGCAAGGAAGAACUUGUAUCUUGGUUUCUCAUAAUGUUGCAUUGACUGUUCAAAAUGCUGCUUGGGUUGUUGUUUUGGAAAAUGGAAGAGUAAAGAACCAAGGUACUACUGAUGUAUUGUUAGAAUCUGGUGAUUUGGGAGACGACGAAUUGGUCAAGACUUCUGUUAUGAAUUCUCGUUCUCAAUCAACAACAAAUUUGCAAUCAUUGGAUGAUAAAAACGCUGAUAUGAAGGCUAAAGCUGCUGCCAUUGAAUCGAAAUUGAAUGCUCUUGCUAAACCAGAUGAAGAAGAAGAACCAGUUAAAACAGAUGGUAAAUUGGUUGAAGAAGAAAGCAAAGCUGAAGGUGUUGUUGGUUCUGAAGUUUACUUUGGCUAUGCAAAAUACUUUGGUGGUUGGCCAACAUGGACAUUAGUUUUGGUUGUUUUCCUUCUUUCUCAAGGGGUUUACAUGUGUCAAUCAUUCUGGUUAAGAAAUUGGUCUUUACAUAGUGAGCAAGCUUCUAGCUUAGUCAAUUCUGUUGCCAUGUCUACAUUUGGAACUGUAUAUGAUAGUUCACAGUUUUCUCAAUUACCUGUUGUUCGUACUUUUACUGGUGCUUCCAAAUUAUUAGUUAAUAGCUAUAAUGCCAUCAAUGCCAUUAAGGAGCAACACACCACUGUUUAUUACAUUUCAAUCUAUGGUCUCAUUGGUUUGGCUUAUGGUGUCACCGCAAGUUUCAGAGUUUUCAUUACUUUCUACACUGGUGUUAUUGCCUCCAACAGAAUUUUCAAACAAGUCUUGGUUACUAUUUUGAGAGCAAGAUUAAGAUUUUUCGACAAGACACCAUUGGGUCGUAUCAUGAAUAGGUUUUCCAAGGAUAUUGAAUCUGUUGAUCAAGAAGUUACACCAUUUGCAGAAGGUGUUUUCAUCUGUUUAGUUCAAUGUGUUUCGAUCUUGAUUUUGAUUACUUUUAUUACACCAGGAUUUUUGAUUUUUGCCGUUAUUAUUUCCUUUUUGUACUAUUUGGUUGGUUAUUUCUAUUUGACACUUUCUCGUGAAUUAAAGAGAUUUGAAUCUGUUACCAAGUCUCCUAUUCAUCAACAUUUCUCAGAAUCCUUGAGUGGUGUUGCCACUAUCAGGGCUUAUGGUAUUGAAUCAAGAUUUAUGAAGCAAAACUUACAAGCUAUUGACAACAACAAUAGACCAUUUUUCUAUUUAUGGGUUGCCAAUCGUUGGUUAUCAUUCCGUAUUGAUGCUGUUGGAUCCUUGGUCAUGUUGUUUACUGGUGUUUUUAUUUUAUUAGCUGUGGGUAAGAUUGAUGCUGGUUUGGCUGGUUUGUCAUUAUCUUAUGCUAUUGCAUUUUCAGAAAGUGCUCUUUGGAUUGUCCGUCUUUAUGCCAAUGUGGAAAUGAACAUGAACUCAGUUGAAAGAUUGCAAGAAUAUCUUGAAGUUGAGCAAGAACCACCUGCAGAAAUCAAAGAGACUGAGCCAAGAGCAUCCUGGCCAGAAGCUGGUCAAAUUUCUGUCAAUGAUGUUUCAUUAAGAUAUGCUCCUAACUUACCAAGAGUUAUUAAGAAUGUCACAUUUGACGUUCAGCCAUGUAAUAAAGUUGGUAUUGUUGGACGUACUGGUGCUGGUAAGUCUACUAUUAUCACAGCAUUUUUCAGAUUUUUAGAUCCAGAAACUGGUUCUAUUAAGAUUGAUGGAGUUGAUAUCACCACGAUUGGUUUACGUAACUUGCGUCAAGCUAUUACCAUUAUUCCACAAGAUCCAACUUUGUUUACCGGUACCAUUAGAACCAAUUUGGAUCCAUUUGAACAAUAUACCGAUGGUGAAAUUUUUGAAGCAUUGCGCAGAGUCAACUUGAUUGCCCCAGGUGAACAACAAGCUGCAUCUGGCGAAAACCAAAAUAAAUUCUUUAAUUUGGAAAAUGCUAUCACUGAAGGUGGUGGUAACUUAUCUCAAGGUGAAAGACAAUUGGUUUGUUUAGCAAGAUCAUUGUUGAAAAAUCCAAAGGUUAUUUUAUUGGAUGAGGCAACCAGUUCAAUUGAUUAUAAAUCUGAUUCAUUGAUUCAACAAACAAUUAGAGAAGAGUUUGGUCAUCUGACAAUUUUAACCAUUGCCCAUAGAUUAAGAACAAUUAUUGAUUAUGACAAGAUUCUUGUUAUGGAUGCUGGUAAAGUUGUUGAAUACGAUAAUCCAUAUGUCUUGAUUGCAAAUAAGGAAUCUUUGUUCUACAGUAUGUGUGAAAACAGUGGUGAGUUAGAUUCAUUGGUUAAGUUGGCCAAGGAAGCUUUCAUCAAGAAAAAGAAUCAAUCCAAAUAA